AUGCAUGUUUUCUACUAUCUCCAGACUCUAAGCACUGCAUUGUCCAGAGUGGUUACGCCUAAUCAAUUCAGUCGGAUACUGCAGUUCGCAGGUCUUCAAGUGUCUCUUGUUGAUUGUAACCGGCUGACUCGCAAGUUUGCUGACCCUGAUACAGGAAACGUUCAAUAUGGGGCUUUCUGUGAGAUCGUCGAUGAUUGGUUUAAGGCCUGCAAACCAGUCGAUCCCGACGCCAUAGAAGAGCUGAUAAUGGUGUGUAUAGGCAAAUGCUGA